UUGGCCGUGCGUCCCCUCCGGGCAGUCUUUUUCCUGAGGGAGCGGGCCCCAAGUGGAUGCCAAGAUCCGCCAGGCCUCUUCCGUGACCCUUUCCCCAACCCUGUGCUUGCUCCCACGCCCCCUUGGCCUGUGGUCUUUUUUUUUUUUUCCCUGAUGGGCUUCCGUCGUCUUCCCUUCUCCCCUGAUUUUAUUUUUCUGUUUCCAAAUCACAUCUGCCUGUCUGCCUCUUCGAAGCUGUGCCAGAGGCGGGACAUCUCCUCUUGGUUGGCCCGAUGGUUCCCCAAAGAACCAGCAAAGCCCGUGGUGGCUCAGAAAACACCUAUCAAGUUGGAGCUGGUUGCCGGGAAAACCUAUAGAUGGUGUGUGUGUGGACGAAGCAAGAGUCAGCCCUUCUGUGAUGGCUCCCACUUCUUCCAGCGCACCGGCCUUUCCCCACUUAAGUUCAAGGCCCAAGAGACCCGGACAGUGUCCCUGUGUACCUGCAAGGCCACUCAGCGACCCCCGUACUGCGAUGGCACCCACAAGAGCGAGCAGGUGCAGAAGGCAGAACUGGGCUCCCCACUCUGAGGGCUACCGUGGCCCCUGGCCUCCUACAGGCUUCCCUUCUGUGAAGGCAGUGGGGCAGAGCGAUGGAUCACGGCUGUUUUUGUCAGCCUGAAAAAUCCUGCAUUCUCCUGUCGGGCAGCUGGGAACAGGCCCUGCUUCAGUACCUGGCAAAGCUGUCAUUAAACAAUGAGGCCCACCCUCUA